AUGAACGUACCGGAGGAUUAUACGUUCGGCUUACCUAACCAUUCUGGUGAUCUAACUGCUGGACAAUUACUACACGGAAGAAUUCCACGAGAAAUUGCCGGAUUACCAUUUGAGAGCAGAAAAAACACACGAGAAACGGAGAACAAAGAACAUUCGUGCGUGGACACCAAAGACCAACGCACAAUGUUACUGCCGAUUGUUCACCACGCGCUCCGAAAAGCUCAAUUUUGGCGUGGACCAGAAAUCACAACCGCUUUAUGCCACAGGGCAAAUGGAGCUGAUCUUAUCUCUAUGACUGAGGCACGAGCCUUGUUCUAUCACUUUGAAGUCCCCUUGGACGAGGAAUUGACCGAACUGAUGUUUGACGCCGUCGCUGUAGUUGCACCACCGAAGAUGAUUGAAACUGUUCGCAAGCAACAGCUGGAGCGGAUCCCAUCCAAUGUGAUUCUCGAAAAGGUUCAACCGGAUUCCGAAUGGAUUGAAUGGGCGGUGGAUUGGCGACUGAUGGCCGCAUUUUUGGACUGGAAACGUCAAACAGACAGUGUGGAACAGAUCAAAUUGAAGAAUUGUGGCUGUGCCUGGGAAAAGCCACAAAAACCUGAACGUUUUGAACGUGAGUUGUAG